CAUUUCCCGGCGUACCCUGGGACCCUGCCUGCCCUGACGGCUGCCGGUGGUGUGUUGUUGGUGAGGGUUCUGGUGUUUCCUUGAAAGGAAGUCGGAAGUGGCGGGCACAGAGCUUGUUAUCGAUACCUCUGGGGCCAUGGAGGGGAAGUCGAAGGUGGCCCCCAGUGUGGAUUUCGACCACAGCUGCUCGGACAGUGUCGAAUAUUUGACCCUGAACUUCGGGCCUUUUGAGACUGUGCAUCGCUGGAGGAGGCUGCCGCCCUGCGAUGAGUUCGUUGGAGCCAGGCGAAGUAAGCAUACUGUUGUGGCCUAUAAGGAUGCAAUCUAUGUGUUUGGAGGAGACAAUGGGAAGAACAUGUUAAAUGACCUGUUAAGAUUUGAUGUGAAGGACUGCUCUUGGUGCAGAGCUUUUACAACAGGGUCUCCACCUGCGCCCAGGUACCAUCACUCUGCUGUUGUGUAUGGAAGCAGCAUGUUUGUGUUUGGUGGCUACACUGGAGAUAUUUAUUCCAAUUCCAACUUACAAAACAAGAAUGAUCUGUUUGAAUAUAAGUUUGCCACAGGCCAGUGGACAGAAUGGAAAGUAGAAGGCAGGUUGCCAGUUGCAAGGUCAGCUCACGGAGCCACGGUUUACAGUGAUAAGCUAUGGAUCUUUGCCGGCUAUGAUGGUAAUGCAAGACUGAAUGAUAUGUGGACCAUAGGUCUCAAUGACAGAGAGAUGGCAUGCUGGGACGAGAUUGAGCAGAGUGGCGAGAUCCCUCCAUCAUGUUGUAACUUCCCUGUGGCUGUCUGCAAAGACAAGAUGUUUGUUUUCUCAGGACAGAGUGGAGCAAAGAUCACCAAUAAUCUUUUUCAAUUUGAAUUCAAGGAAAAAGUUUGGACAAGGAUUCCCACCGAACACUUGCUCCGAGGUUCUCCUCCCCCACCUCAGAGGCGGUAUGGCCACACCAUGGUAGCAUUUGAUCGACAUCUAUAUGUAUUUGGAGGUGCUGCAGAUAAUACAUUGCCUAAUGAAUUACAUUGCUAUGAUGUGGACUCCCAGACGUGGGAGGUCAUUCAGCCCAGCCCUGACAGUGUGGGGAGCAAUUUGUACACAGAGGCAACGUAUGAUCCUGAUUUUAUGAUGCCUAGUGGAAGACUUUUCCAUGCUGCAGCAGUUAUUUCUGAUGCAAUGUAUAUCUUUGGUGGAACAGUGGACAACAAUGUAAGAAGUGGAGAAAUGUAUCGGUUUCAGUUUUCAUGCUAUCCUAAAUGUACUUUACAUGAAGAUUAUGGGAGGCUAUGGGAAAACAGGCAGUUCUGUGAUGUGGAAUUCAUUCUUGGUGAGAAAGAAGAGCAUGUUAAAGGGCAUAUAGCGGUUGUCACAGCUCGAAGCAAAUGGUUAAGGAAGAAGAUUGCUCAGGCUAGAGAUUGGCUGAAGCAGAAAGCCAAGCAGGAGAUGGGGGUUGAAGCAGAGACAGCAGGGACAAACCUAAACCUGACUGGUUCCUUGCUUCAGCUGGAGGUCGUGAUCCGUGAGGCUGAGGCACAACCAUUUGAGAUACUGAUGCAGUUUCUCUACACAGACAAAAUCAAGUACCCACGGAAAGGUCACGUGCAGGAUGUCUUAUUGAUAAUGGAUGUUUACAAGCUUGCCCUAAGCUUUCACCUGGCUCGACUGGAACAGCUGUGCUUACAGUACAUAGAGGCCUCAGUCGACCUUCAGAAUGUACUCACUGUGUGUGAGAAUGCCAACAAAUUACAGCUGGAUCAACUAAAGGAGUACUGUUUGAAUUUUGUGGUGAAAGAAUCACACUUUAACCAUGUAAUAAUGACUAAAGAAUUUGAGCAUCUUUCCACUUGCUUAAUUGUGGAGAUUAUAAGAAGGAAGCAUCAACCCCCAACACGGAUGCAUUCUGAUCAGCCUGUUGACAUAGGCACAUCUCUAGUCCAGGACAUGAAGAGCUAUUUGGAAGGGGCAGGCAUGGAGUUCUGUGACAUAACACUGCUGUUGGAUGGUCACCCCAGGCCAGCCCAUAAAGCAAUACUAGCUGCCCGGUCCAGUUAUUUUGAAGCCAUGUUUCGGUCUUUCAUGCCUGAAGAUGGACAAGUUAAUAUUUCUAUUGGAGAAAUGGUACCAAGUCGACAAGCUUUUGAGUCACUCCUUCGCUAUGUGUACUAUGGUGAAGUCAAUAUGCCUCCAGAGGACUCUUUAUACUUGUUUUCAGCACCUUAUUAUUAUGGCUUCACAAAUAAUAGACUGCAAGCAUAUUGUAAACAGAACCUGGAAAUGAAUGUGACAGUGGAAAAUGUACUGCAGAUUCUGGAAGCAGCUGAUAAGACUCAGGCCUUGGAUAUGAAGAAGCACUGUCUUCACAUUAUUGUACAUCACUUUACCAAGGUCUCCAAGUUGCCCAACCUACGAUCUCUAAGCCAAGCCUUACUUCUCGACAUCAUCGAAUCAUUAGCCAAUCAUAUUUCAGACAAGCAAUGUGCAGAGCUGGGCUCGGAUAUGUGACAAUUAAUUUUAAACACUGAUUCUCAAAUUGUCUUAGCAACUUUGUUGUCUGAUGCAGAUGAGUAAUAAUUUAUUUAUUGAAGUAAUUAAUUUUAUUUUAAGUUAGACAGCUCGAUAUUAUGCUAAGGCUAUUUUGAAUUACUAUAUUUAAAUCAAGCCUUUUGUUAAGAGUAGAAUAUAUUGCUGUCUGUCUUUUGUUUGCUGGUUCAAGCAGAAUAAGGGAGUAAGCAAUAGUAUUAUUUUCAAAAGAUAAAGCACUUAGUAAAUGACUAUUGGAGAAAUAUCAGCAUCACCUAUACAAAGACUUGUAAAGUUUAAUCAUGAGGUUUAAAACUAACAAUAUUAUUUUACUUAUUCUUCUUCACUUCCUGAUUUUAAAAAUGAAUAGUAUGAAUGACUGCAUUUCCACAGUAACUUAGUGAUCACAGGUUUGGGAAUUUGUUUCUGUGGCUUAAUUGGCCAGCAUUCCUGAGUUUAUCUAGUUCUCUACUGUUGUGUGAUAACAAGAGACAGUAUGUGGGACUGCAUGUUAUUCAUUGAUAUUAAUGAGGCACACAAUAAAUAUGUUAAUACUUUCUAAA